AUGCCUUCAAUGCAGCGUGGUGUGAGGUAUGGCGUCGUUGACAAAUUUGGACGUCGCGCGUCAAAGUGGCAUAGCGUACGUGGUAUACCUGGCAUUGGCUUCAAACUAACUACUAAUUUUAUGAUAUUGAAAAAAAAAGUGAUAAAGAAUGUUGCUGAUCCUGUGGACAAAAACGAUGCUGUGCCUGUAAAGAAUCGAGUUAAGGUGAAAAAUCCUCAAAAAUUGACCCAAGAUGAAUUAGCGGCUAUAGCCCAAUUUAUAUGUGAUACGGAUACCCAGGAAGAAGUUGGAGGAGAAGGAGAUUCUGAUGGAAGUGAACAAGUAGAGGAAGAAGCACACAAUUCGGAUUCAGAACAAGAAAUAAGCGAACUAGAAGAAGUGGAUGAAGUGGAUGUUGAUCAAAGUAGUUCUGAUUCUGAAGAUAUCCUGCUCUCGGUGUUAGCGGCCAAUAAACAAGAUAAGUAUAUUGGCAAAGACAAAAAGACUAUUUGGUAUAAAAAUUAUCCCAUGAGAAGAAACGAAAUUUAUGAGUCCAAAUGGUUUGCAUGGGAUAGCCUAAAAUUUCUAGAUGACCCAGAAGAGCUACAAGAAACAUUGUCCAAUCAUCCUGCUUCAUCCGACAUCAUAGAAGUUGAUGAAGAAACUACUGACAAUACAGACCGAAUUGUUGAGGACCAAAAUCCUAUUUCUUCGCAAAAAAAAUUUUUGUCACCACAUAAAAAUGCUCCGAAAAGAAAAAAAACGAGGACCCUCGUAUACAAGAGGCCUACGAUAUUUUAAAAAGCAG